AUAAAGUAAGGUAACGCAUAUUCAAAUCUGGUAUUAGGGUUGACAGUGAAAAUUGCAAUGAAGCGCGAAUAAAUAGAAAAAUAAAUAUUUAAAAAGAAAAGAGUAAAAUAGCGAAAAGAAAAGAGGAAAAUGAAUUGAGUUGAGAGCACGUGUUUUGGUGGUUGUAAAAUGUUUGAGCGGUGAAGAGAAAUAGGAAAAAGCGAAGGUUAUGAGCAUAUUUGUUGUAAAAGUGUAGAAUCCGGUGUGAGUGGUAAAAAGGAAGUAUAAGUAGGUGAGAGGAAGAGAUACUCAUACUCUGUUUCAUUCAUUAAUGCUCCUCAACUUUAUCCCAUUUUAUUUCAUCACUCAAACAAAUGCACCUUAUUGCUAUUUUUAUUUCCUUUUAUUUUUCGGUUACUUCCAACUUCUGCUUUGCUUUCUCACUUCUCACCACCACAAUAUGACUCAACCUUCUUGCAAACGAACUGUUUCUCUUCCACCCCUUCACAAGGAGCAUAAUCUUCUGUUUGAAAUACCCUUGAAAACAUCAGAAGAAUCUAGUUCUUCUUCUUCUUCAUCUUCAUCCAAGGAUUUUGUUGGAAUAAAGAUGCCAUUAACACCAAGUCCAACACCAACUCACAAGAGGGUUAAUUUUCUUGUGACAUCUCGUUCUGUUGAUGCUCCAAUUGAAAACAAUUCAUCAGGGUCUUCAACAACAAGACCAAAAUCAUCCAAUAGAAGUAUUUUACCAAAAUUGAAUUUCAGGUAUAGAACAUCUUCACCAGAUAUUGAAAAGGCUAUAACACUACCUGCUCCAGAAACUUCUUUUUCAGGGAAUCAAGACAAGACUACUAUCUCAGGAUCACUCUCUCUAACUAAGCUAUUUACUCCUAAGAUUAAGAGAACAUCAUCAUUACCAGUGGAAGAAAUCUUUGGCCGUGCAAACACUGAAUCUGCUUUUGGUGGAUGUCUUGGUGCUUCUCCAUAUAGAAGCCAGGGGACAACGAUAGCUCGCACUCGUUCAGAGCCAGUAGAUAGCCAAGAAAAAAGCAUAAGGAAAAUGGAUACGUUUUUCCGCAUUAUUCCUUCCACCCCAGGUGUAAAGGAAGUGAAAGAAUGGUUAAAAACGUCCACAGCAAAGGAUACUGAAAGCGACGGUGACGGUGAAGAUAUAGCUGAAGACGAAGCUGUGUGUAGAAUUUGUCUGAUUGAGCUAUGUGAAGGAGGUGAGACAUUGAAGAUGGAAUGCUGUUGCAAAGGUGAACUUGCUUUGGCUCACCAAGAAUGUGCGAUUAAGUGGUUUAGUAUCAGAGGCAACAAGACCUGUGAUGUAUGCAAGGAGGAAGUUCAGAACCUCCCUGUCACUCUCUUACGGAUUCAAAAUGUUCAAACUCAGAAUACUGGAGCAAGGCCUCAGCAGGAAGACGACUUCAGGGUUUGGCAGGAGUUGCCUGUGCUUGUCAUUGUCAGCAUGCUUGCUUAUUUCUGUUUCCUUGAGCAGCUUUUGGUUGGAAAAAUGGGAACCAAAGCAAUUUUCAUUUCUCUUCCAUUUUCCUGUGUACUUGGUCUAGUUUCCUCUAUGACAUCAACAACCAUGGUGAGGAGCAAGUUCAUAUGGAUUUAUGCAUCUGCCCAAUUUGCUUUGGUGGUUCUCUUCGCGCAUAUAUUUUACCCAUUGGUACCGCAAGUGCUCUGCCGUUGGAGACAUAGGCACAAUCAGCGCCAUCGCGGAAAGCAGUGGCGGGAUUUCAACAAUCCGUCAUGGCCAUUUUACACGUGAUGGCGGCUAUGCCAGUUUAUAUGGCAGCCAAAAUUCGUGGAUUUUGGUCUCUCUGUCAUGGACUGCCAUCCGCCAUCGACCACACUGGACAUAAUUGGCCGAACUCUGUAAUCAAAUCGAGUGUUCCUGUAUGUGUUUCCCGUAUCUUAUUUUCUUUUGAUCCGGGGUUGUUGUUCUAAUACUAAAGGCAUUUUCCUCAGCUUUUGAUGGCCUGAUUGGUAGGUUAUGGAAACAUGACACGUAUCAAACCCCUACAUGAAGAACCACAAACAUACUAACUUCAUUCUAUUAGCUUGGUAAUCUGCAGGUCGGUAAACAAGCAGUUCUAGCAAUCCUUCUUGCAUCAUUUGCUGGGUUUGGUGUAAUGAUGAGCGGAACUUCAGUUCUUGCGGAGUUACUUAAAUGGAGAAGAAGAUGGCAGGCUUUCUCAGAGCAGCGUCGCAGUUCUCAAGUAAUGACACAAGAAGAACUAUAUCCUCAAGGUGUAAUUACCACACAAUCAGGCCUUCCUAACCAAAACCAAACUGUAGUGCAACUGCAAACUCAACAGAACUCAAAUUCAUAGCUGAAUUGAAGUCUAUAUUGUUGCAAAGCGAUUGUAUAGGCGAUUAAGCUCCAGCAGAAUAUUACUACUGUGCAAUAGGGAACAACUUGGGACUGUAGCUUUCUAUGGAAAUAUUUUGCUCUUUUGGGUGUUUAAAGCAUCUUUAGUAAUCAUUCUACUCUGUUAUGAGCUAUGUCAUAGGCUAAUGCCAAAUAAUCUUUGAGAUCAUUAUAUUGCUGUUACUAUCAGAUAAUCUUUGUUGUCUAAUUCAGCUAGAAUGGAAAUGUGAGUUUGUGUUCUGGUAUAUCACCAUAUGGUUAUAAUAAAAAAUGAUACUAGAUGCCAAUUUAAUA